GGUGGGAACUGUGAGCCAGUCAUGUGCUCAGGGAAUCAAACUUCUCAGAAUCAAACCACAAGCACCGAUUUCACCCUCACGGGCAAGCAUGCUGCCCUCCUCUACACUGUGACUUUCUUUCUUUUCUUGGUGGCCCUCACUGGGAAUGCCCUCCUCAUCCUCCUCAUCCACUCAGAGCCCCACCUCCACACCCCCAUGUACUUCAUCAGCCAGCUCGCUCUCAUGGACCUCAUGUACAUAUGCGUGACUGUGCUGAAGAUGCUUGUGGGCCAGGUCACUGGAGAUCAUACCAUUUCCCCGUCAGGCUGUGGGAUCCAGAUGAUGCUCUACCUGACCCUGGCUGGAGCUGAGGUUUUCCUCCUGGCUGCCAUGGCCUAUGACCGAUAUGCUGCUGUUUGCAGACCUCUCCAUUACCCACUGCUGAUGAACCAGAGGGUGUGCCAGCUCCUGGUGUCAGCCUGUUGGGUUUUGGGAAUGGUUGAUGGUUUGUUGCUCACCCCCAUUACCAUGAGCUUCCCCUUUUGCCAGUCUAGGAGAAUUCUGAACUUCUUCUGUGAGACUCCUGCCCUGCUGAAGCUCUCCUGCUCUGACGUCUCCCUCUAUAAGACGCUCAUGUACCUGUGCUGCGUCCUCAUGCUUCUGGCCCCCAUCAUGGUCAUCUCCAGCUCAUACACCCUCAUCCUGCACCUCAUCCACAGGAUGAGUUCCGCCGCCGGCCGCAGGAAGGCCUUGGCCACCUGCUCCUCCCACAUGGUCGUAGCGCUGCUCUUCUUCGGUGCCUCCUUCUACACCUACGUGCUCCCGAGUUCCUACCACACAGCUGAGCAGGACAUGAUGGUGUCUGCAUUUUACACCAUCUUCACUCCCGUGCUGAACCCCCUCGUUUACAGUCUCCGCGACAAAGAUGUCACCAGGGCUCUGAGGAGCAUGAUGCAGUCAAGAAUGAACCAAGAAAAGUAGUAAAGGGCAAGCAUCGUCCCCUCCUCUUUCUAUAAUUCCUUUACUCCCUAUCUCUCCUCUUUUGCCCUCAG